CGACACCAAAAUUAUUCAUUCUUAUACGGCUACACCGUGUGGACUUUGAAGUUAAUUGCACAUUUGCACCUCAAUUCUUAUUUUAGAUUUUUAGUACAGUUUGUUGAGCCAAUCUACAAUUAAUAUACUUGUAUUUUCGUAGAAGACUGAAUAAGAUUAAUCCUGGAAAUCGACCUUCAAAUAUAUCCUACCCUAAACUUAGAAAUCAAAAUCUUCUUAUACCCUUUAUUUGAUAUUUAUAGUUUAUACAAAAUCUGAAACAAAAAACCCAGAAAAAUUGAACAAGAAAAAUGGAGAAGAAAUUGAUGUAUGUGAGAGCAGAAGCAUCGAAAGAAGUGAAUAAGAAUACAGAGUGGAUGACGUAUCCAGGUGUAUGGACUACCUACAUUCUCAUUCUCUUCUUCUCAUGGCUUCUUGCUCUCUCUCUCCUUGGUUGUUCUGCUGGUAUGGCUUGGACCAUUGUUCAUCUUUCUCAUUUUCUCGUCACUUAUCACUGCUUUCAUUGGAAGAAAGGCACACCAUUUUCUGAUGAUCAAGGUAUCUACAAUGGGUUGACUUGGUGGGAGCAGAUUGAAAAUGGCCAGCAGCUUACUCGGAAUAGGAAAUUUCUCACCGUUAUUCCUGUGGUAUUGUACUUGAUUGCAUCGCACACAACUGACUAUCAGAACCCAAUGCUUUUCUUCAACACUCUUGCUGUUUUUGUGCUUGUGGUUGCCAAGUUCCCUCAUAUGCACAGGGUUCGUAUAUUUGGAAUUAAUGGAGAAAACUGAUUAAAAAUUUCUCACUUCCAUAAUCUGCUAUUGUAUGAUUCUUAAUUGUUUUGCAUAUAAUGGUGUCAUUUUUAUAAUGGAAAGGGUGUAUAACCAAAAUUUUGGCUUAGUGGUCAAUGGCAAUAUCAAGUACCUGAGCUGAUAUGUCUAGCUUAUACGCGUUUUUGGACUGCCUGUCUGCUGAUUGCAUGAACUAGUUACUCAUGAAAUAAACAUGUUUGUCUAUUAAUGUCAGCAUCAAAGGAUAGAAUAGGUGAGGCAAUAUCCAUAUGUAAAAGUGUUUACCAUUGUCACAGGCAAUCGGUAAAUUUAGCUUUUGAUUA